CAUGAUUACACCUUCUGCAGAGCCGCGAAAGGGAAGUGGAGCUAGCAGUUCUAUAUAUUCUGGCCAUCCCCCAUGAUUACAUCGGUAAAGAUCGAGAGUGCUCUAGCACUCUUUUCCCUGGCAGUGUCGUAUAUUAUGAAGUACAAGACCUAGCACCUUCUUUUCGACUCCAAUAUGCCGGACUCCAGGCUUGUGUACGACCGAGUAGCUCGCUUGUGGUACCGAUACGACGAAGACGAGGGAUGUGAAGUAUACUUAAACCCAGAGACAGGCGCGAUUUUGCGGCGUCGCGAAGAGCACGAGAAACUGGCCGAGCUUGCCUACUAUGCUUCUAUACAAGACGAUGCUGCGCGCAUUUCUGACCACAUCCCAGAUUCUGAUCAAAGACAUUAUAUUACUGAUUCUCAAGACCAUUACCGCACAGGCUUUCACCCUGGUGAGCCUUCAUUGGCAAGGCCCUCUUGGCAGCACAAUCACGACGAGGGAGGGGUGUAUGAUAGGGACGACGAUGAGGAACACGAUGAUGUCGAUGAUGAUGAUGAUGACGAUGAUGACGAUGAUGACGAUGAUACAGAGCGUAACUCUAGGGACUUGACUCCUCAAAGAUUUAAAACAUAUCGCGCUAAAAACUUGGCCGAGGCCGACACACAGCUCCAGUCAGAAGAACACUACGAUGGAAAAGAGACUGGUUUGACUUUUGGCCCAAAAGACCAAAUUACGGAUCCCCUUCUUAGGCAAUACGGACAUGAGGCCCGGGUGAUGGUUUCGUCAACAAAAGGGAAGAGAGAAUAUCUAGACCCGAGCUUCAAAAGACAGCGGGAUCCCAAGUCGUUUUUCACCGUUGGUAGAAUCAUCAAGGUUUUGUGGCCUGAACUUGCGGGGUUCAAUGUGGAUGAUGCGACGGUAGUAACUACGACAAUUGACAAGAAAUUCAAAGGAGAAAGAGUUUUUGUGAAAAUACGCUGGUUUGUCGUCAUUAAAGAAGGCGAAAAGUGGUGCACAUGCCUGCCUAUUUGCACAUACGGGGGCAAGGGUCUUAGCCAAAAGAACCUUCCAAAAUGGCAGCAUUCUAUUAUAUUUACCGGUAGAUCGCCACCGGAAAUGAUGCCCGGAGAACAACCAGAAAUGGGCGAGCGCGGGAUGCUUCUGCCUAUUCGUGUGGAACCGACGUCGAGGCAGGAUAGAAUGGACUCUCGAUCCCGUCUGCACUAUGGGAAGCUGUACACGAUUGAACAUAACGUCAAAGUGUACAACUUUGGUGUCGUGCACAAAAAUUAUCUCACCAUUCUUUGGAGCCAGUGGCGCCAAGUUAUGCUUGGGCCAGAGGAACCACCAGUGCUUUAUCAUCCGGCAGUCAAAGUAGGCAGCAGGGAUACAGCGGUUUGCCACCAGCGCCGGAGCGCUCUGUUCAGCCACCGCCAAACAAUUUCAUUGACUACGCGGUAGCAAUAAGGGUAUAUCGUCCAAGCGACAGCGAUAGGGACCAAGGCGUGAUUUCCAUAGAACAAAACGACCGCAUUGGAGUCAUAGAGUUCACGACUUCGGGUUGGGUAAAAUGCUGGAAUUCAGCAACUCGCGAGACAGGAUACAUCUGGAAGGAUCACAUACGCCUAGAUUCCGAGACAUGAUCAUCGGGAUCACUAUCGUGGGAGAUUGAGAUCUCCAACUUUAUACGCGGACAGUAUUGUCAACGUUCCACAUAUAUGGAACGAUAUUAUACGAAUCAUGACCUUGCUGCGCAUGAACUAUCCUUUAAUUGCGCAAGCUCUUAUCUGCAAAACGGCCUGUUGUUUGCGACUUAAUGCAUCUCGGGUCUGGGAUUCCUGCUGAAUGUUUCUCGAUAGUUUUUUCUAAGACCGGCCGCUCUUUUUGCCAUGCCAGUUUUCCUAAACGACCUCGUUGUUAACCCGGGUUCACCAAAUUGACCUCCAGCCACAAGAUGAGCACGUUUUGGAUCAGUUUUGACAGGAUGCUGAAAUUUUCCUUUCUUA